GCUAGUUUCUUUCUCUUCUAAGCUCUGCUGUGUAAACUCAAAUAUAAUUACUUGAUCCCACUUUUAAUUCAUUAAAGAUAAACUUUUAUUUUAUUUUUAUUUUAUACUUCAUAUUCUGUGAUUUUGAUUGUGAAAUAAAAAUGGUGGCAAAAACCCCACCAAAGCAAAGGAAAAUUAUGGUGGCUUCUCCAUUAAGCCCUACUCUUCUUAGAGAGACUGUUAAGAAGGUGGAUCAAUGUAUGGCAAGAUUGCAAGAGCUUCAAUAUACAGUAACAGGAGGAAAUAAAGUGGUUGCUGGUGUUAAACUUAGCCCUAGAAGUACUAAAUCUUACUUAAAAACCAGUCUUAGAUGCAAACAAGAAUCUAUUAGGAUUAGAAACAAUGCAUCAAAGAAAUCUCCUGUAGGAAAAUUGCCAGCAAGUGUGAUAGGGGAAUGGAGAAGAAUGUCAUUAUCAACAAUGUUAGUAGGAGAAACCGUAGCUGAAAUCCUUCAAGCAAGUAAAAUCACAAGAGAUUUCAUGGGAAAUGCCAAAAUUGAAGAUCCGAAAACACCCCUUCCAAGGAAACAGAAACCAAGCUCAGAAAAAACCCCAAUCGAAACUCGAAGAAAAAGGGAAAAACAGCAUCAAUUUCGUAUAAUUCGAGCUGAAUCCGGCACUCCUUCAUCACGAAAAGCUCGAUCCAAGAUUAAUUUUAAGGUUUCACCAGAUAAAAGAUCAGAAAUUGUGAGAGAAAAGAAUGGAAGUAAUGGUAGUAUUAGGUAUACCACAAACAGAGUAUCGCCAAAGCAUAAACCUUGGGUUAAAAAAACUGUGCUUUUCCCAAAUCCGGUGUUUCAUUCCUCACCCAAUUCAAAACCGAAUCAAUUUCGCAAGAAAAAUUGUGAAUCGAACCCUAAAAGAAUAGAAACUCCUCACAAAUUUCUGGUAAAAUCCCCUGUGAAAAUCAAGAGUCCACAUAAGGGUUUAAACUCUGUUUCCCCUGUUUCAAAAACAACAAUUUUGAGUAGGAAGUCUCCUCCAAAAAUGGGUAAUUCUUCAAUGGCUUCAAAAUUGAGAAGAUCGCUGUCGCCUUCGAGAUUGGCGAAUCGAUUAGUUUCUCCAUUGAAGGGAAGAAGGAUUUCAUUGAAUGGUGGUAGUUUUGAUGGUGGAGUUAUGAAACAGAGGACUCCUGCUUUGAUGAUGAUGCCACUGAGGUUUUCUUCUACAAGAACUUCUAAUAUUGGAAUUCAAGAUUAAUGUGUUUGAUGUUGUCAAAACAUAUUUUGAUGUUUACAAUGAUAUUUUCUCAAUGUCUAUAGUUCGUAUAUCAAUACAUGUGGUUAUUUGGCCAGUUCAUGGAAGUAUAUAUCUCACUAGAAGUAUAUGCAACUCAUUCUUUGCUUCUACAAUUUCCACAGUGAAGGGAAUAUUAUUUUCUCUCUUCCAAAAUAUUAGCUAACAUUUGUUUUUUUUAUGAGGUCCAAAGUAUUAAUUCAAUCGUUAAUAUCUCUAAUUAUGUAUAUUAAAAUUAUUAAAAUAUGAUAUUAAUAAUCUUUACAUUAG